AUGUCUUACCAUCAAGAAGAAUCCUUCGUUGAUCAUUCCGAAUAUUACAUUAUUCCUUCAUCAUCCUCAUCGACCCUAUUAAAUCAUGAACAUUUAAAACAACUAGGAGAGGAGUUUUUGAAAGAAUCUAUUUCAUCCUCGGCUCGAUUACUUUAUAUUACAGUGGUGGGAUCUACAUUGUAUAAUUUAAAAGAGGAAUCUCCAUCAUCGGGAAGUGAUUUUGAUUUACUCAUGAUAUACAUGUUGAAUGGAGAACAAUUUUUAUCAAUGCCUUCGUUUUCAAUUGAUGAACCGGAAUUAACAUAUGUGGAUGUGAAUGCAAUUGGUAGCUCAAAGACAAGAGUGUUAAACUUGUCGGAAAAGGGAUUGACAAGUGUCACAAAGGAUGGUCAUGAUAUUUCAUGUUUUGAAAUUGGAAAAUUCUUAGAACUUUGUUUGCAUGGAAAUCCUUUCGUUUUUCAAGCCUUAUUUGUUCCUGAUUAUUUUGUUCAUCAGUAUCAAUCAAGGGAAUGGAUGGAAUUAAAAUUGUUAAACAAGUAUUUUCUGAACAAGAAAGUAGUGAGCUCACAUUGUGCUUUUGCAAAGCGCCAACUUCAACAAGGAGAAGGAAAGAUCAAGAGAGCAUAUCAAAAGAAUUAUUAUCAUGCACUUCGAUUGUGUUAUGAAACGGAACGACUCAUUCAAGGACUAACACCCUUGAUUCGAUUUGAAAAGAACUCUCCAGAACGAGAAAAGUUGAUGGAAAUAAGAAAUCAUUUACCUUCAGAAGAAAAGAGAAGCGAAUAUCAUCAAUUUAUUAUGAACAAGCUUUCAAGUAUUGAGAAAACAAAACCUUGGAAUAAGGUAUUGAAUUUGCAUGAAAUUCGAAUGGUUGACAGUGGGAAAUAUUUCGUUUACCAUCUCAAUCAAUGGUUAAUCAGAUUGCGAGUGAAUGAUCUCUUGUCAAGAGUGGAAAAAUAA